UCUUCAUGUCUAUCCAACCUUCAUCCAUUUAUACCUCUCUCUCUCACACACACAUUAGUUGGUAAGAAGAAUGGAGCACAGUUGUGAGAUUCAAGUGCCAAGAGUCAAACUAGGCUCCCAAGGCGGGAGCCUCUCCAGCAUACUGAAUGCUCCUCUCCCCCACGAAGCCGGAGGCCAAAUACUAAAACAAGCAUUCAACAGAGGCAUCACAUUUUUUGACACUGCUGAUAUCUACGGCAAACAAGGCCACAACGAGAUCAUGAUUGGCAAGGCUUUGAAAGAUCUGCCUCGUGACAGAGUUCAGAUUGCAACUAAGUUUGGUCUCUUAGUCUUACCUCCUUGUUGUCUGUCUGCACAGACGUUCCAUCCGAGGUUCACUGGGGACAAUCAAGAAAAGAAUCGGGCUAUAUACACCCGGUUUGCUGGCUUAGCAGCCAAGCAUUCUUGCACCCCUCCUCAACUUGCUCUAGCUUGGCUUCUCCAUCAGGGUGACGACGUUGUUCCCAUACCUGGGACGACGAAGAUUGAAAAUCUGGAAGCUAACGCUGCGUCGUUGAGAGUGAAGCUGACAGCAGAGGAAUUGGAAGAGAUUGGUGAAGCAAUUCCAGUUGAUCAAGUUGGUGGUGAUAGGGAUCUUGGCAUCUUUACCAAGUUCGCAUACAAGCUAGCAAGCACACCACCCUAUGAAAAAUGAUACUGUCCCAUCCCAUCGAUGAAUAAAUACUGGACACAAGACCACCUCAAUAAACAUGAAGCUUUUCAUUAAUGGAAGUGUUUCUUUUCAACUUUUGUAUAUUGCUGCAAGUUAGAGAAAGUUCUCUUAUUCUUUACAUUGGUAAGAUCUAAUCUGUGACAUAAGAAGAGAUGGAAGAACAAAAAUGGCUAUACACUCAAAGAUGUGUAUCAGUACCGUGUUAUGUACAUUUGAUUAUAAGAAAACCCUUCUAUGCUAUGCAUCGUCUUUCAGCUCA